CCUUUUCUUUGAUUCAUUCCUUCAUUAAUUCUAGUCGCACAAAUUCAGAAUCCAAAACACAAGCAGGUAGAGAACAUGGAAGCAAAGAAGAAGAUCCCAGAAGUGAUUCUAAACUCAGGGGAGAAGAUGCCAGCGAUAGGGUAUGGAACUGCAGUGAUUCCUCUUCCAGCAACAGAGUCUCUUCCCCCAACAUAUGUUGAUGCCUUUGAAGCUGGAUACACACACUUCGACACUGCUGCUUUGUAUGGAACUGAGGUCCCUCUAGGCCAGGCUUUGGCCAAGGCUUUAGAGCUAGGAAUCGUAAACCACCGCGACGAAGUGUUCAUCACUUCCAAGCUAUGGUGCAACAAUGCUCACCAUGACCUUGUUCUUCCAGCUCUAAAGACCACACUUAAGAACUUGGGGCUGGAGUAUGUAGAUCUCUACUUGAUUCAUAUGCCAGUGAGGUUGAAACCUAAAGUUGAUGGAGUUCUUGAAGUAAGAAAGGAUGAUUUGCUUCCCUUUGACAUAGAAGGAACAUGGGAAGCCAUGGAAGAGUGUCAAAGAUUAGGCUUAGCCAAAUCUAUUGGUGUAAGCAACUUUGGCAUUAAAAAACUCACACACCUCUUAGAAAACGCAACUAUUCCUCCAGCUGUCAACCAGGUGGAAAUGAGCCCAACAUGGCAGCAGGGGAAGCUUAGAGAAUUUUGCAAGCAGAAAGGAAUCCAUGUGAGUGCAUGGUCACCAUUAGGAGCUUACAGAGAAUUCUAUGGUAUAAAUUCCGUUAUGGACAAUCCAAUCCUUAAGGACAUAGCCAAUUCAAGACACAAGAGUGUGCCUCAGAUAGCACUAAGAUGGAUACAUGAGCAAGGGGUAACCCCCAUUGUGAGAAGCUUCAACAAGGAGAGGAUGAGACAAAACCUUGAAAUAUUUGACUGGGAAUUAAGCAAAGAAGAAUCAGAAAAAAUAAGCCAGAUUCCACAGUGUAGGAUGUUUAAGGGAGAAGCCUUUGUAUCAGAAAAUGGUCCAUACAAGUCAGUGGAAGAACUCUGGGAUGGUGAUCCGUGAAAAAGUAUUAAUAGUUCUUAAUUCGCAGCACCAUAAUCUCUCAUUCAAAUAAAUAAUGUAAUGUAAUAGUCACCAAAAAAAAUAAAUAAUGUAAUAAUUUCACUCGUAUUCAACUCCGUUAA